AUGAGUGAUAGGAAUUGCGUCGUUUUCCCUCGCCCAUCGGUUUCCGUCUCGUUUCUAAAUUUUCGUCACAACAGCAGGACUUCCUCCGCAAGCCCCGGCAUCGGCUGCUGCCCGCGGCCCUUCAGCGUUGCAGGUGGGGGAGCACACAGACACGGCAAGACGCUGCUAGGUGCUCAAUUGGGUCCUGAGAGGGCAUCCCGGAAGGAGCGGGGGGAAGCCAGGAAGCCUGCGGCGCUGACUCUCGAGUCUCUGGAGGGGGCAACGGAAACGUUGGAUGCGGGUAUCUGCCGUUUGGCACCCAGGCCUGCCACGCGAGCUCCGUGCCCCUGCCAAUCAGAUUGCUUGCUUAUCGAGCUUGACGGCGGAGAAGAAGCGUGGCUUUCUGCUUUCACAUCAGAAGAGGACGGCAGCGAGACAGGCCUGAGCCCAUUGUUCGUAGCCUCAAACGCUGUGUGCAGUACUGUGGGGACCUCGAGCGACCUGCGUAGCCAGAGUUUUGAACAAUGUGAGAGGGCAAGCAUCGCAUCUGCUACCAGCAUUCAGUACUUUGAUCAUGGCCUGCACCUCCAGGACCCUUCAACUGCACCCCGCCAGUGCCCGCCAGGCGUGGAUUUGCAGUCCCCGACUCGGGAGGCAGUCCUGGAGAGUGACAAGCACUCAGCAAGCGAAAUGAACCACACUCACAUAGCCAUACUGCCAUCGCUAUACUACAGAGAGUGGAUAGCGCGAAUAGCUGCUCGUAUUGCGGCUAUCACCAGCAGUGCGAAACCUCCCAAUGAGGACCCACUAAUUGACAUUCCUCCCGACGAAGCUCGUAGCGACAAGAGAAAUAAGAAUCGCCAAGCUUCUACUCUGUUCAAAGUGGGUCUUGAUUGCUCUCUUGGCAGUCCCUUCCCUCCUCCGGACACGGCACCAUGCCUAUUUCAGUCUUCCCCUCUUGUGAAUUCCACCCUGAGACCUGCAUCUGCAGACGAUGGAGGGAGAUGCAUCCAGGAACCCGCCUCUUCACAUCUUCAUUUACAGCAGCUAUCUAAAAUAUACGAUCUGCGCCUUCCUCACCAGGCCAGCACAGAGCAUGAGAGAUCGCCUAUCAGUUUUUAUUGCCUCCAUGCAUUUGCGGAUCGCCUUCACAGAGUCGAUGUCGGGAGCCAACUGGCAUGUUUCAAGCUUGAGGCGCUGCCCCCAUGUCCCGGCUCAAUUUGCGUGAAUUGCUUCUUCGCCAGUGUCGCCGAGAGAGCCCUUGCCAAAGAAACCUUCAUCAGUAGAAAUUGUCGGCCUUGCGAUCAGCCUCUAGAGCCAGGAGAAAAGAAGGCAACAAAACGAAACGGUGCGGCUGCAGCUGGCCACCUCGCGUCGCUCGCAACCAUCCAUCUCAAUCGGGAACCCUUUUGUUUCCUGUUCUCGGACUCCCCUGACGCAGUUCUGAUUUCUGAUGCAAGUCAUGCUGCGACGGCACGCCAAGAAAGCCUUGACAGUAAGCUUCGAGCGGCGACCCAACCCAGAUGCACAGACGUUCACACCGACUCAUGGACAGCCAAAGACUUCCCUCUUGUGUGUUCCGCCGACUCCGUGACACGAAGAGUACCUUUGUGUACUUGCGUUCGGGUGAUCUUGCAGAUUCUUGCUGCUUGCAUGCCGCCAAAGAUCGCACAGGAGGCCCGGCCUUCCAAAAACAGACUUGUUGGUGUAGUCACAAAAAGCAGCGGGCUCCAUAUCGAGAGGACCCCGCAUACAUCACAUCUCGCAUGUGUGCCUCUUAGAGACGAAACUGCCUCACAAAUGACUAUCCAGUACGGGUGGCUUCCAAGUUUGACCGCCGCACCAGCGGGUUGGAAAGCUGUGACGGGCUCCAGAAAACUCGCCUUGGGCUUCAGCACAGUUGACCCAGGUUGGCACUUACCACGGAACAUGCUAGGACCUGCUUUUGGGCAGAGACUUGUAUCUUCUGCACUCUCUCCCUCAUUCUAUGGUGCCCACCUGCUGAACGUUCAUAUCGUUGUAUUCAGUGCCUUCUAUCCUGUUAUCAUGAUCCCCGCGAGGCUUCCUGGCAAGAAUAUAUCCCGCACUCGGCUAUGUCACUUCAAGUGCUUGGGGCGAAUCUUAGAUGCCUUGGUGGUCCAGGCAUCCCAGCUCCUCUUCCUCUCCAUGAGCGUGGAGGGAUCGCCUCGUGCGGCUGAUAUCACAACUCGAAAUUCGCUGUGUGCCUUCUGUUUCUGGGGCUUCAUUUACAGCUUUGGUGGGCGAGCAGAUUUGAGUUCAAGGACAUGGGGCGACAGGCAAAUCUCGUUUCCUUCCACUUCAAGGUCCAUCCUUGGAUGCCAUGGCUUGCCCCGCAACACCUUGAUUGAAACCUCGAUCGAAACCUCAGAAGAAUCAAUCAAAGGUAGCAGUGGGGGUUGCAUUCCUCUUGCUGAUGUCCGUGACUGCUCUAUUUGGCAGCACGCAAGGGUAGUCCUCUCACAAUCUCGAGUCUCCGAACCUUUCAAAACUUCCCUUCGUCACCUCCAACCGCAAGUUUGGCCGACGACCAACACAGCCAACCGUCCGUCUGACAUCCUACAUCCGCAACCGCCAGGAUUGCUUCAAUGUUUCUUUCUUCCUCGUUAUCCCUUCUCAUGUAAGAAUUUGUGCGCUAUUACCGUCUCCUCACGAGCUGUUCUGUACUGGGUAGUUGAAUAUCUUUCAUAUAUGCCGCACAGCGGAGCGCCUGAGGCCGAAUAUCCACAAUCAGAAUCAAAAACGCAUUCGCUGAAGACGACAACGGAUAGCGCCCCUCGAAGCACAGUGCGUCCGUAUCGUUUCUCGUUUCCAGGAAUCCGCGUAUCUUCAGCCUCUCAACACUCAGCACCAAACACCUUGAUUCGGGCGAUGCGAACCAACGUGGCCAUCCUCCUGUUCCUCCAUCCGGACUUUGAACCUGACGUCUCGUCUCCGUCUGAUGUUGAGUACGGGCUCCGGUUGGGCUAA